CGAGUGAUCUUCCUGAUUCAUAUUACGUUCUUGGUCCGCCAUCUGAUCGGGUUAAUCCCAUCAUUGGUGCUCUUGUUGAGAGAAAAACUGUGAGAUAAGGCUGUGAGAUUAUGGCCGGACGAAGGACGAGACGUAACACUACUGCUUCCGCCCAGUCGACGGUGAGGAGCGACAACCCUGAGCAGGGUAUGAUCGUUCCUGUCAAUGGGUUGGAAACGACAUUGAAUAAUGUGGCUAACAUGAUGGCCAACAUUAUGGAACGAUUGGAUAAGGCUCUUCCAGGUCCAUCCGGUAUCCGGGACAUCCCAGCCGGGCAACCCCGCCAGGUACUGCGUACCGCAAGUUCUCCCAUCCUCCAGGAGCUUCAUGAUCCGGAGGAGGUUGAGAGGGAGAGACGAGCCAUUGCCAGACGCCGGGCAGAGGAAUUGGCCCGGAAUAGUAAGGUGAAUGAGGACCGGGCCAAGGAUGCAAGCCAGAUCGUCGGCGAAGGAAACGAAAACCCGCGGGGAUCCGUCUUUGAAAGGAUAUCUCGCCAGAAGGCUCACCGAAACGCCCGUGGCGCGAGCCAAGUGCUGGUCCGGUCAUUGAGGAAUCUGGAGGAGGACGAGGUUCAAAGCCAAGCCAGGGUCCCAGCACAAAGGCGUCUGGGGCCGCCGGUGCCGGAAGCUGGUGAGUUCCAGGAUUUGAGGCAGCAGAUCCAGGAGAUGCAGAGGAAGAUAAACAAGGGUCGAGUAUUCACUACCCACGCCAGUGACGCACUCAUGUGCCGGUGCUUCUUGCAGACAGUUGACAGCAAGGUCGCGGAUUGGGUCAACCAUAUCCCUGCCAGAUCGAUCCGGACAUGGGAUGAAUUGGGGCUACGGUUCCUAGAGCAUUUCGCCGGGAACUGUCGUCCCAAAAAGCAUUUCACUCACUUGGCGUCGAAUGACCACAACACGGAAGAUUGCUAUACUCUGAAGAAUGAGAUGGCAAGGCUAAUCCGCCGGGGUCAUCUAAAGAAAUUCGUGCAAGAUAGUGAUGCGGGAAAUCCCGGGAAUGCUCAGAAUGGAAAGCGCAAAGAUAAAGAAGUGGCUCAGGCUGAGGCCCGGAAGAAACGCCACAUUGGGCUUGAAGACGAAGAGGAGGAUUCGGAACCCGCACCGCAUCGCCAGAAGAGACACCACGGGUGUAACUUCAUCAUUGGAGGGAAUACUGGCGGAGACUCAGCCACAAGCCGGAAGAAGUGGGCUAAUGCAGCGAUGGUCAACAAGGUGCUGGUCCCAGAAGGUAAGAAGCUGAAAACUGAGCCAAUUGUAUUUUCUAAUGCUGAUCUCCCGGAAACAGGGGUCCCCCAUAGGGAUGCCCUAGUGAUUACUGUUGAUAUAAUGGACUUACUGAUCCACAAAACCCUUGUGGAUACGGGAAACUCCGUUAAUAUCAUGUAUAUGGAUACGUACAAGGCUCUUGGAUUGACAAGGGAUGAAUUAUCACCCAUCAAGAUUCCACUGACCGGGUUUACCGGUGACUCUAUUGAACCGGAGGGGGUGAUAACCCUCCCGGUUGAGAUAGGGGAUACUAAGGCUACCCGGAAGUUAGACAUGGAGUUUGUUGUGGUGGGGAUAAUCUCCAACACAAACAUUAUCCUGGGCAGACCCGGAUUGGAAGAUUUGGAGUGUGUCAUCUUGCCUCGUCACCUGUGCAUAAAAUUUCCAACCCCCCACGGAGUUGGAGUUGCUAGGGGAUCUCUGAGAGUGUCCCGGGCAUGGUAUUUGAAGGCAACCAAACAGCCGGUCAAGUACGAUACCCAAGUGGGAGAGGUGACUGCGCAGCUCCUGAGGGCUGAGGAAAAACGUCCCAGAGUAGAAGUUGCUGGCGACAUUGAGGAAGUGGACUUGGAGCCAGGCACGCCGGGAAGGUUGGUGUUCAAGGCUGUCUUAGGGCGGACCAUGGAAGCGUAUGUUGAUGACAUGAUUGUCAAGUCCAAAGAGGCCCGAGACCAUGUCCGGGACCUUGAGGAGGUCUUUGAAAUCAUGAUGAAGGUAAAUCUAAGAUUGAACCCGAAGAAGAGUACUUUUGCUGUUGAGGGUGGGAAAUUCCUUGGACACAUGGUUAGCCGGAAAGGAAUUGAGGCAAACCCGGAGAAAGUAAGAGCUAUUAUGGAGAUGGAACCCCCAAAGACAGCAAAGGAAGUUCAACGGCUGACAGGGAGAUUGGCGGCCUUGAAUCGUUUCCUUUCGAAGCUGGCAGAGAAGGCGCACCCAUUCUUUGCGGUGAUCAAGAAGAGAGCGGCCUUUGAAUGGACACAGGAAUGCCAAGAAGCAUUCGAAGAACUAAAAAGAUAUCUCUCAAGCCCACCGGUUUUGUCUAAGCCGGAACCUGGAGAUGUUUUGACUCUAUACUUGGCAAUUGCAGAUUGUGCUAUAAGUACUGUGAUUGUAAGGGAAGAGCACGGGGCCCAACAUCCGGUCUACUACAUCAGCAAGACCCUGAGAGAUGCAGAGUUAAGGUAUUCCCGUCCGGAAAAAGCCAUGUUGGCGGUCUUCUGGACAGCAAAGAGAUUAACUCUGUACUUUCAGACUCACCGGAUUGUUGUCCUCACGAAUGAGCCUUUGGCGUCACUUACCCGAAGCCCUGCGGCAUCUGCUCGAAUGACCAAGUGGGCAGUCUUCAUUAGUCAGUAUAACGUGGAGUUCAGGCCGUGCCCAUCCAUCAAGGGGCAAGCACUCGCCGACUUUCAAGUUGAGUGCACCGCCAGAGAAAUGACAAGAACCCGGGUUGAAACCCGGGUGGAAAAGGACUGGUGGGUAAUGAGCAUUGAUGGAUCUUUUGGGUCUCGAUCUUGCAGAGCAGGGAUCGUCUUGAUCACCCCAGAAAAAUUCCGGAUUUAUUACGCUAUCAGAUUUCAGUUCCGCGUAUCCAACAAUGAAGCUGAAUAUGAGGCCCUGAUCAACGGAUUGAAGAUUCUUAGGGAGUUUGAAGCAAAGGAAGAAAGGAUGAAGAGGUAUCGAGACUUGUCUUUAGAGAUGUUGGGGAGGUUUGAGUUUAAGCUUGAACAUAUACACCCGGCCCAGAAUGCAGAGGCCGAUGUUCUAUCCAAGCUCAGCGCAGAGUCACCGGAAUACAUAAGCAAAUUAGCAACCGUCGAGGAACUGGUAACCCCAAGUCUUAACAGCAAUGAGGUGAUCUGGGUAUCACCUGAUCCUCCGGAAUGGCUGGACCGGUUGGCCAAAUACAUUGAGGAUGGUGAAGCCCCAGAAAAUCCCGAGGAAGCACGUCUGUUGCGAAUGAGGGCACCUACCUACCAGGUACAGGAUGGAGUCCUCUAUAAGCGAUCUUAUAACGGUGUUCUACUCCGUUGCCUCAGGGCAGCAGAGGCAAAGGCACUACUGGAGGAAAUACAUGAAGGAAAUAUACCCGGGAGGCCGGCCACGAAUUACACGCCCAUCAGUUCUGUGAUUCCCUUCUCAAGAUGGGGGAUUGAUAUUGUGGGAGCCCUGCCGAAAGGAGCUGGGCAGGCAAGGUGGAUUGUGGUAGCGAUAGACUAUUUCACGAAGUGGGUGGAAGCUGAGCCACUUGCCGGGAUUACCGGAAGGCAGAUGAUCGACUUCGUCGGAACGAAUAUACUCUGCAGGUUUGGGGUCCCGAGGCAGAUCAUAUCUGACAAUGGAACCCAGUUUGAGGAAGCAGAGUUUCAAGACUUCCUCAAAACCUGGGGAAUUCAGCACACAAAAGUGUCCGUUGCGUACCCUCAGGCUAAUGGACAGGUGGAGAAUGUCAACAGAACAAUCAUAGACGGAAUAAAGAAGAAGCUACUUUCAGAAGGAAGCAAAUGGGUAGAUGAACUACCCAGAAUCCUGUGGACAUAUAGGACGACUCCAAGGAGAGCCACGGGUGACACUCCUUUCGGCUUAGCUUAUGGUUUUGAAGCCCGGGCUCCCGCUGAGGUGAAACCAAGGGCGUUCCCGGUGGGGGAUGAUGUUCUGAGGAAACGGGAGAAAAGUCAACCAACUAAGGGUGGGAAGCUGGCUAAGAAGUAUGAAGGACCUUAUAUCAUCAAGGCCGUUGUUCGCCCAGGUACCUACAAGUUGGUGACUCCCAAGGGGAAAGAAAUUGAUAGGACAUGGAAUGUGGAGCACUUGGUCAAAUUUUAUCAGUGAAAUCAUUUUGUAAAAACGUUCUAUUUUUAAUUUCAGAUGUUUGUUUCAGUAAAAUUUUUCUUUUCUUUUACAACCAAGUGCCUUUGCAAUUUCAUUGUUCUAUAGAUUUCUUUAAAAACAAAAAAAAAGGGGGGGGGGGGGGAAGCACCCCCGGGCGAUAUAGACCCGCAUUACAGGGAGGUAGAAAAGUUUAUGCCACCUGCUAAAGAUAGGGGAGGUAGAUAAGUUUAUGCCUCCGUCGAAAAUGAAGGAUGGGUUGGGAU